UUACUGGCCCGCAAUGGGGCCACUUUGUGCGAUGCCACCACUGCUGCUCCUGCUGCUCCUGGAGCUGCUGCAUGAGGCUGGGCAGGGCCCCCCUGUGCCCUCCACCCCCCGGCUCUGGGCUCAGCCGUGGGGGUCUCUGUCCCCUCUGGGCUGGCAGGUUCCAUCCCAGAUCACGAUCCCACAGCGGCUGCCGGCAAACGUGACCGGAGUGACGCGGCUGCAGCAGGACACAGUGUCCUACGUCCUGAGGAUCGAGGGGAGGCCCUACACCAUCCACCUGCAGCAGCAUGCCUUUUUAUCUGAUGAUUUCCAGAUUUAUGUGUCGGACGAGGAGGGCUCUUUGCCCCCUGAUUCAGCCCAGAUGGAGGGAGGCUGCCACUACUGGGGGUACAUCGAUGGCUUCCCCAGCUCGGCAGUGACCCUCAGCACCUGCUCGGGGCUCAGGGGUUUGCUGCAGUUUGAGAACGUCAGCUACGGGAUCGAGCCCCUGGACGAUUCCCCCGAGUUUGAGCACCUCGUGUAUCGAGUGAGCGAGGAGGACACGGCAGGUUCCUUCCUGGCCCACAGCCCCCCCGGGAGAGGGCUGGGUGGGCUGGUAGCAGAGGAGACCUCGGCCAAGGCCCACGGGGAUGAUGAGCUCCUCUGGGCCGCAGCACGAUCUCCCAAAUACCUCACAGUGUACGUGGUUUUGGACAGCGCUUUGUACAACUACAUGGGGUCAGACCCAAAUGCUGUCACACAGAAGAUAAUCCAGGCUUUCAAUUUAGUCAACAAUAUGUUUAGUCCCCUUAACGUCACCAUUGUGCUGUCCUCCCUGGAGCUGUGGGCAGAGGGAGAUAAAAUACCGACAGCGGGGGACACAGAUGACCUUCUGCAGCGAUUUUUACAGUGGAAACAGUUGACCCUGGCAUUGCAGGCACAUGAUAUCGCUUUUCUCUUAGGGUACAGGGACCAAGGAGCGCCCGUGGGCACAGCGGCUCUGGGAAAGGCCUGUCAGAGAGAUGCUGCUGCUGCAGUGGCCCUGUACCACGGGAAGGCGACGCUGGAGUCCUUCUCCGUCCUGCUGGCACAGGUGCUGGGCCGCAGCCUGGGCGUGAGCUCCGACAGCCCCCGAGCCUGCGGCUGCGCCGGGCGCGGCUGCAUCAUGAGCCCCGCGGCGCUCCAUUUCAGUGGGGCAAAAGCCUUUAGCAACUGCAGCGUCAGGGACUUUGAGACCUUCCUGAAGCAGGGCAGAGGCGUGUGCCUCUUCAACAGACCCCGCCUGAGGCCCCUGUCCCCCCGGAGCGGGGCCUUCUGUGGCAAUGGUGUGGUGGAGCCGGGCGAGCAGUGCGACUGCGGGGCACCCCAGCAAUGCCUGCAUGACAAGUGCUGCACUUGGAGAUGUCAGCUUAUGCCGAAAGCGAGAUGUGCCUCUGGAUCAUGUUGUAAAAAUUGUCAGUUCAGGAAGAAGAACUCGCUGUGCCGCCCCACCUCGGACUCCCAGUGUGACCUGCCCGAGUUCUGCAGCGGCUCCUCGGGGUCCUGCCCGCCCGACGUGUACGUGCAGGACGGGCACAGCUGCGAGCGCGGCACCGGCUACUGCUACCAGGGACGCUGCCAGUCCUUGGACCUGCAGUGCCAGCGGCUCUAUGGGAAAGAUUCAAAGAGUGCUCCUGUGGCCUGUUAUGAGGAGAUCAACAGCCAGCGGGACAGGUUUGGGCACUGCGGGUUCAAGAGAGGACGUGGGUACCAAGGCUGUUCUUGGAGGAAUCUCAGGUGUGGGAAGUUGGUCUGCACGUACCCGUCCAGCAACCCCUUCCGAUCAACUGCUGCCGCCGUGAUUUACGCCCGAGUGAGGAAGCAUUUGUGUGUCUCUAUGAAUUAUCUGAAUGCAUCAGCAUUGCUGGAUCCACUUCUGGUCCCACCAGGGACAAAAUGUGGCUCUGAAAGGGUGUGUAUAAACACGUGUCACCCACGCUCGGUGCUGGGGUUCAGGUGUGACAGCCAGGUGAUGUGCCACGGCCACGGCGUGUGCAAUAACAAGGGCAAUUGUCACUGCUACCCGGGCUGGAGACCCCCCAGCUGCCAGAGGAGGGGCUCUGGGGGGAGCGUGGACAGUGGCUUCCAGCUGAUGGAGGGAGGCCUGCCCCUGCAGAGAGCACUGGAGCAUGGGCAGCUGGCCUGGCUGGUGCUGGGCUCCAGCCUUGUCCUGCUCAUCCUUGCCUUGGCCAUCGUCCUCGUCCUCAUCCUGUGGCAGCAGGAGGUGCUGGGCUGGUGCCAUGGGCAGCAACCGCAGGGCACAGAGGGGUCUCCCCACAGCACCAACCAGGACAUGGACAGGGAGCUGGAGCCAGACCCGGAGCUGAACCUGGAGCCAGAUGCAGAGCUGGACCCAGAGCUGCAGACAGACCUGGAGCUGGACCCAGAGCUGCAGACAGACCUGGAGCUGGACCCAGAGCUGCAGAGAGACCUGGAGCUGGACCCAGAGCUGAAGGCAGACCUGGAGCUGGACCCGGAGCUGAAGGCAGACCUGGAGCUGGACCCGGAGCUGAAGGCAGACCUGGAGCUGGACCCGGAGCUGAAGGCAGACGUGGGCCCAGCACUGGAGCUGGAGCAGCACCACGGGUACAUUCCUGCUGCAGGACAGGCGGCGCUGGCUCAGCACAUCCUGCCAGGGCAGCCAGGCCACAGCACACCCCGAGCCCACGGCCAGCGCCCGGCGAUGGAGGCUGAUGAUGGCACCGAGGAGCCCCCGCUGCCCCUGGCACUGAGCAGGUUCCAGGUCUCCGAGGAGUUCGGCUUCCUGCUUCCCGAUCCGCUGACAGAACUGCCAGAGCCCUACAGCCCCUGGAUGGAGGUUGCCCAUGAGCUGCCCCAGCUGAUCGCCAGCCACCGGCUCCGCUCCCGCGUUCACCAGAUGCCGCAGCUGAGCGCCCUGCACCUCCGAGGACGUGAGGAGCUGCACUUGGCACACCUGGUGCUCAGCUUCAUCACCAUGGGCUACGUCUGGCAGGAGGGCGAGGAGGGCACCGUGCAGGUCCUGCCCCGAAACCUCGCCGUCCCCUACUGGGAGGUCUCCGAGGCCCUGGGCCUCCCGCCCAUCCUCAGCCACGCAGACUUUGUGUUGGCCAACUGGAGGAGGAAGGACCCCAACGGGAACCUGGACCCCAUCAUCACCCUGCCCGGGGGAGAGAGCCUGCGGGGCUUCGUCCUCGUCACCCUCCUGGUUGAGAAGGCGGCUGUGCCUGGCAUCAAGGCAAUCGUCAGGGCCCUUCAUGCCAUCCUGCAGCACGAUGAGGAGACCCUGCAGGGAGCCCUGGAGGAGCUGGCAGGGGCCAUCGAGGCCAUGAGGGAGGCACUGAGGCGGAUGCACAACCACGUGGAUCCCGCAGUGUUCUACGCUGUGAUCCGCAUCUUUCUCUCUGGCUGGAAGGACAAUCCCGCCAUGCCGGCCGGGCUGGUCUAUGAGGGGGUGUCCGAGGAGCCCCUGGCGUUCUCGGGGGGCAGCGCGGCUCAGAGCACGGUCCUGCACGCCUUCGACGAGCUGCUGGGGAUCCGCCACAGCCAGGACACCGCCGCCUUCCUGCACAGGAUGAGGAACUACAUGCCCCCGCCCCACAGAGCCUUCGUGGAGGAGAUCCAGCGUGGCCCGUCCCUGAAGCAGCACGUGCUCUCCUGCAGGGACAGGCGGCUCCGCGGGGCCUUCAACCGCUGCGUGUCAGCGCUGGCAGAGUUCAGGUCCUACCACAUCACCGUGGUCACCAAGUACGUGGCCGUGGCGGCGGCCAAAGCCAGGGCCGGGCGGGCAGAGCCGGGCGCCAGGGCUGGCCCUGCCCUGGGGAAGGCCCCGUCUGCGCUGGAGGCCAAAGGUACCGGCGGGCCGGCAGGGCACUGCCCAUGGUGGGUGCAGGAGGCCGGGCGGCUCCGCUGUCCCGUCUGCAGCACAGGAGCCAAGGUCCAAAACCUCCCCUCGGCAGCAUCACUCCCACCUGUGCGUGUCUGGGACACGAGGAACGUGCUCGGGGCUGCCGAGGGAGGACAGUGCUGCUGCUUCCCCCCCCCCAGAAGGCACACAGUGAGCUCAGCAUCCCCCCACGGCCUGGAGACGGGCACAGUGUCCUCCCGUGGCACUGGCAUCAGCACAUCAUCCCAAGGCACCAGGGCGGCUGCAGCGUCCUCCCACGGCACCGGGAAGAGCUCUGUCCCUGCCAGCCCCGCCUGCCGCCCGCAGCACCCCGGGGGUCGGGGCUGCUGGACACGGGGGGGUUACACGGACGAAUAAAGCAGCGAAUCCCGAUCCAG